GGGAAGAGUUUUAAUCAACAGGGUAAUCUCAAAAAACACCAGCGCAUUCACACUGGACAGAAACCGUAUCAGUGCUCACAGUGUGGGAAGAGUUUUACUACACAGAGUGCUCUCAAGAUACACCAGCGCAUUCACACUGGAGUGAAACCGUAUCAGUGCUCACAGUGUGGGAAGAGUUUUAAUACCCAGAGUGAUCUAAUAAAACACCAGCGCAUUCACACUGGAGAGAAACCGUAUCAGUGCUCACAGUGUGGGAAGAGUUUUAAUAAACAGAGUAAUCUCAAAAUACAUCAGCACAUUCACACUGGAGAGAAACCGUAUCAGUGCUCACAGUGUGGAAAGAGUUUUAUUACACAGAAUAAUCUCCAAACCCACCAGCGCAUUCACACUGGAGAGAAACCGUAUCAGUGCUCACAGUGUGGAAAGAGUUUUUUUACACAGAGUAAUCUCAAAAUCCACCAGCGCAUUCACACUGGAGAGAAACCGUAUCAGUGCUCACAGUGUGGAAAGGGUUUUAAUCAACAGAGUCAUCUCAAAACACACCAGCGCAUUCACAUUUUACAGAAAUGAUGCUCACGGUGUUGGAGCUGCUUUGCUCAUUUAUCAGCACUUAGACACAAGUGUGACUCAUCAGAUUGUACCAAACAAGCUAAAAUAUAAAAAUAUAAUAUAUAGUGAGUGAGUGAGUGUUGGGGAGAAAUGGUUAACCAUGAAUGAAU